CAUCUGAGCCCCUGUAGACUAUAUAAGCACAGGCUGUACACUCCGUCACAGAGCAGCGAGCAGGCUGUGACGGACAGUGUCGACCCACUCCUGUCACCCACUCCACCCACUGUGACCAGCAGCAGCAGCAGCUUCUUCCUCUGCUUCAACUGAGUAACAGAUCACCCACCCUGUACGAUCCUCAUCAUGUCUGAUCAAGUCACCCUCGUGACCCCCUCGGACCCGCCCCCUCUUCCCUCCGGACCCCGCCCCAAGGCGACCAGCCGCGGCCGUGCUGCCGCUCCCACAGCCGUCUCCAACUCUGACUCAUCAGACAUGCCUGAGUUAGAGUAUUUUGGCAUCCCAGGACCCAGAGGAUAUCCACCUCUGACUGAGUUUCUGGACAUCUUCGACACAAACAUGAUGCACAGGGCAGAUGAGAGUAACAGGAGGCUUCACCACACCACGCUCUUCAACUUGGACAGUCUGAUUGUGCGUCGAGGACAGGAGUUCCAGGUGAAGAUCACCUUCAAUCGACCCUACAAACCUGCAGAAGACAAGUUCGCCCUGGAGUUUGUCAUUGGCUCCAGUCCUCAGUACAGUAAGGGCACCUACAUCCCUGUCUUCCCCACUCCUGAUCGCCAGACCUCCUGGGCCGGUCGUGUCCUAGAAACCUCCAACAAUGUGGUCACCAUGGGCAUCACCCCGGCAGCAAACUGCAUUGUGGGAAAGUACCACAUGUAUGUUGCCAUUGUGACGCCCUAUGGCAUCCGCAGAACCAGAAGGGACGACAGCAGAGAUCUGUACAUUCUGUUCAAUCCAUGGGCUGCAGAUGAUGAGGUUUUCCUGGAUGAUGAAACCGAGAGGGAAGAGUGUGUGAUGACUGAGUUGGGGAUCAUCUACCAUGGCUCCUAUGAUGACAUCGCUGAGAGAACCUGGAACUAUGGACAGUUCAACCAUGGGAUGCUGGAUGCCUGUCUGUACAUCCUGGACCGCUGUCAGAUGCCCAUCACCAACAGAGGAGACCCCGUCAAAGUGACCAGACAGGCCUCUGCCAUGCUGAACUCUCGGGAUGACGAGGGUGUGUUGGUGGGGAACUGGAGUGGGAAUUACGUGGAUGGAGUGGCCCCCACCUCCUGGACCGGCAGCACUGACAUCCUCCUGUCGUACUACAGAAGCAGACAGCCUGUGGCCUACGCUCAGUGCUGGGUCUAUGCUGCUGUCUUCAACACCUUCUUGCGCUGUCUGGGAAUCCCAUCGAGGGUUGUCACCAACUUCUUUUCUGCCCAUGACAACGAUGGAAACCUGAAGACUGAUAUCAUUUUGGAUGAGAAUGGAAGGAUUGACCGCAGUCGCACCAGGGAUUCCAUCUGGAACUAUCACUGCUGGAAUGAAUGCUACAUGGCCAGGCAAGACCUCCCACCUGGAUUUGGAGGUUGGCAGGUUGUAGAUGCAACACCACAGGAGACCAGUGAUGGUUUGUACAGAUGUGGACCUGCAUCAGUCCAGGCCAUCAAACAUGGACAGACUUGCUACCCAUAUGAUGCUCCCUUUGUGUUUGCUGAGGUCAACAGUGAUGUGGUGUUUAAUGUCCGGAGCAAAGACGGGACCCUGGAGCCGGUCAAAGUCAAUCGCACUCACGUCGGACGUGUUGUUUUGACAAAGAAUCCAGGCGACCUGACACGCCGUGACAUCACUGAUCAGUACAAGUUCCCUGAAGGCAGUCCUGAAGAGAGAACUGUCCUGGAGAAAGCAGUGAAGUACGGCUGUAAACGAGAGCAGUCCAACCCUUCUCCAGCUGAUGUGGAGCUGAAUAUGCCAACCCUGGAGGUCACCAUGGGCGAGGAUUUCGAACUAACCCUGGAAUUUGUUAACCACAGUGGUGAGACCCGCACUGUGGACGCCUACAUCAGUGGCAGUGUGGUGUAUUACACCGGAGUCACCAGCUCCGAGUUCCUCUUCAGGACCCCCACAGUGACUGUUGGACCACACAAAUGUGUGAAGGAGUUGCUGGACAUUGAGGCUAGGACCUACAUGAGACACCUGGUGGAGCAGUCCAACCUCAACUUCAUAGUUACUGGGAAAGUGGAGGAGACCGAGCAGAUUGUCUCUGCCAUGAAAGUGGUCACUCUGCGUAAUCCCAGACUCAUCAUCGAGGUGUCAGAGAAUGGCAGAGUGAAUGAAGAGAUGAUUGCAUCAGUGAGGUUCACGAACCCGUUCUCCUUCAAUCUGGAGGGCGUCUAUGUUCGGAUGGAAGGACCUGGACUCAUGACUGCAGCCACCAAAUAUUACAGUCUGAUCCCAGGACACGCCUCCCUGGUCUGGUCUGAGUAUUUCACCCCCCAGAGGGCUGGAACCAGCAGGAUGGUGGCCGUUCUGGACUGUGCUGCUCUCAGACAGGUCUACGGCGAGGCGUCCGUCACCAUCGAACCAUAAGGAUCACCGACGCUAAACAAACAUUAUGCAACUCAAGCCUUCUGAUUAAACGUCAGGUUAUGUAACUUUAACAGGUAUACCUUCUGCAUUUAUCAUAACUGUCAUGAGAGAAUAGGAUGUUCUUCACCUUUUAACAUUCACUGUCAUAGAAUCCCAUUAGUGAGGUUAGAGUUUGGGUUAUAAUAGAAGUGUGACACAAAAUGCAUGGAUUAGACCAGAGGUUCCCAACCUUUUUGGCUCGUGACCCCAUUUUAAACAUCACAAAUUUCUGGUGACCUCAGACAUUCAAAACAAAGACAUUUAUUUUCCUCAAAUUAAUUUGUUUUUCAUCAUAUAAUAGU